CAUGCAUUCAUCCAUCUCCUAUUUUCAUUCACAAUGGCUUUGGAAACCCAAAUGGGUCUGCUUCGAGGCUACAUUCUGACGAUGUAUGAUGAGGAUAUAGGAUGUGCCUUUUCUUUGGGGAUGGCAAAAGAACUCUUCUUUUGUAACUUUCGGAUUACUAAGAUCAGCCUAUUCGGUUUAUUUUAUCCAUUGAUUUUGUGUUUGGUUUUGAGAAGUGAAGAUACAUUUUGUAUUGAUAAAAGAAUAUGUGUUCAAACUUCAUGAUGAAUUGUAAUGUUAAACAAAAUGCCAAGCUAUUAAUAACAGUUCUGGGGUCUCUCAAUAAUCUCAAUUCUCAGGGAAUGGUUAAUGAUCAAUUUUAACAGAUGCAAGCUAUGAAGGAUGCUAUCAGGCCCGACUAUGUUGUCCGAGCAAUCACUUCCUACUGCACUGCAGCUCAAAAUUUAUUCUCAAUUGACCUUUUUCAUUGAAGGAGAUGAUGUUGACUUCCGACAAGUUGAUGUUAUUGCUUGUGACCUGUAUGCAAGAACCAGUAGUGUUGGAGCAGAGCAUGUUAGACGUACAUGUGCUGAGAUUAUUCAACCUUCUGCUCUGAACAAUAAGGAGCAGUAAGAAACAAAUUUAUCAUAAUCAUCUAUCUGCUGCAGCUGCAUCUGCAUCUGCUUUCAUUCUGUUCUUUUCGCAAGGAUUUUAGUUUGAUGUAAUAAAUGUACAUUAUUGAAUUGAAUCAUUUCUUGUAAUUCACUGUCAUUUUUAUUUAUUAUGUCCUUUUACUUUGGAUGUAAUAGAUGUAUGUUUUGAGUAUUUCUUUUGCUGUUUUUGUUCUAGCAUCUCUGCAUCUCUAUAUCUAUGUAAUAUUAAAGAAUGGAAUUUUUUGUUCUUUUGUCUAUUUCAUUUCAAAUUAGAUAUCCACGUACAUCUUUGAAUUCUAACUUCUGGUUGCUUUUGUUUACAAAAUGUUGUUUCAGAUGCUGUCAAGCUCUGUAUUGGACUAAGAAUGAAUUUUCGUGUCUGAGAAGAAAAUUUGAGGCUGUGGUGCAAGUACUUUGUGGUGUUAAUAAAAUCUCUAUUUUUUACAAUUAAUGACAGAUUUUAUUUUUUUCUGAGACAGACUGCAAAAUUUGUAAUCAUCUUAAUGAUAAACUGAAAAAGGAUGAUGGAUACAUGCUUCAUUUCUUGCCUUGGUUUGUCUUUAUCUUUUUAUAACAUCUUACUUGGUUCAAGAGAUUAAAUUUUGCAUUCACUUAUAGCUUUAUCUUCCUAACAUUUUUGAAACUUUCUUAGUAUGAAUUCUUUAUAUCGCUUGAUUCUCUAAUCUCUUCUUCUUCCUUUUUGUUUUCUUCUUUUCAUGUUCAUCAUUUAAACUGCAGAUGGAGAGGAGGAUCAUUGAGCUUACAAGUGGAAAUUGAAAGGAAGUCAGAAUCUAUCAUUGAAUUAUCCAACUUAUCUCCUUCACUUAGAGUUUCUCUCCUUGAAAGUUUGAUAUGGUUUAUUGAUGUGUCCAUUUCCGGCUUAUCUGCUGUAGACUUAGCUCUAAAAACUGGAAAAUAUGAUCAAUUGAUCAGCAGCCUUUUCCCUUUUUAUUUCUAUAUGGUGUAUGUGCAUU